AAGUGUUAGUCUACACUUCAAUCUGUAAGGUCACUAGCCACGACCAGCCCGCACCAUGCACUCAAGUAUUCAUGACCCAGACACUGGACGUUUUUAACAAUUUGCUCUCUGGGUUUGUUCUGCAGGAACGCCUCUUUGGGAUGAGUCUUAAUGAUCCUUCGACCAUUGUGGGCUUGUGUGUGCUUUUGCUGUGGUACUCCAAAUCCUGUGUCUCAGCAGUUGCUGGAGAAUGCCAUUGCAAUACCUCCAAUGCCUGUUCCGUGUUUCCCUCCUCCCCCUGUAGCCUGCCCGGGGGUGAGGACAGAUGUCAGGAGGGAUGGUUUGGUCAAUACUGUCAGAAACAAAAUGUGGCGCUGAGGAAGCCUGCCAGUCAGAGCUCUGUGUGGUAUGAACAAGAGGAAACUGCUCAGCCACUGAAUCUCACAGCGUCCUAUGCAGUUGAUGGAAAAGCUUCAACCCUUUUCAUCGACAGUCCAUGUUCUCACACCGACAGGGGAGACUUCCGACCGUACUGGAAAGUAUUUCUGGGUGCCAGGACUAACCGGACACUCCUGCACAUGCGAUUAUAUCUCCGUGAGAUUUGGAAAGGACGCAAUAACGGGAUGAAGAUACUGGUCGACAACCAGAUGUGCUACAGCUGGCCAGCAACUAAAGAACCUCCCCCAGAAGCUAAUGUCACCUGUCGACAGCCGCUGGCUGGAAACACGGUCACCAUACGUACACCACGGGAAUAUCUCACUCUAUGUGAAGUGGAGAUAUUUGUUUGCAGUGACGGCUGGUUUGGGGAGGAUUGUGACAAACAGUGUCACUGUCUAGACGUGUGUGACAAGAUCACAGGUCGCUGCCAGAGUGGAUGUGAUUCCGGAUUCCUCGGCACAACCUGCCAAACACCAUGCGACGACGGUCGCUAUGGCAACCAAUGUCAGCUUGAGUGUGGUCAGUGCACGUCAAGCCUUCCCUGCAACAAAGCCAGUGGGAUGUGUGAAGACGGUUGCAAUCCUGGAUUUCAGGAGCCAUUUUGUGUUGAUCAGUGUGUGGCUGGGCUGUAUGGAUCUAACUGCACUUCACGAUGCGGACACUGCAAAGAUUCCCAGAUCUGUAACAAAAUUGACGGAGUUUGCCCUGGGGGAUGUGCCAAUAAUUACAAGGCACCACUGUGCCAAGUUUCAGUACCGGUUCAAAGUUGUGAUGACGCAAGACAGCUGGCCUCUCAUCUGACAGCAGCAGCAUCAGCCUUAGGAGUUGUUAUAUUGAUCAUUGUUCUGGUGGGAUCUCUGUACAUCAUACGCUUGAAGAUGGACAAAAAAGCUUUAGAAAUGGAACGUGACAACAUCUCGUGUGCACCUUUGUGGAUCAAGGAAGAGUAGGACAACGUGAUAUAUCUACAAUACUCAUUGUCAUCCAACUUAAAUGUACUCCAUCAUUUGAUAUACUUGACAACACUGAUGUAAGCUCUCCUUGUGUUGAACUUUCAUAAAUCGAUCUUUCGGCUGUUCAAAACUGACUGGUUAGUGACAAGGUGACUGUCCUGUACUAAACAUAGCAUGUUGAUGCGAUCUAGUUUAUAUGUUUUGGUCUGUAAGAUUAAUGCUGCAAGCAUACUAGUGUUUCAUGACCUUCCCGAUCUAUUCUCAGUGUUAUACGACUUUAUAUUACUUGAUUCUUCCUGUGCAUGUGCACACCCAAUUGACUGCUUUCCGUUAUAUACUCACACUAUACAUAAAACAUGAGGAGUGAUUUGAAGUUUAUAAGCGAUCGUUUUGUCAUUCAAGCUUAUCGGAUAAAUCACCUUUUACAAACCUGACGCCAAGUGCAUAGAGCGAUGAAAGCGUUUCAAUAUAUGCGCGUUAGAAUUUAACUGCCUUUGAAUUCUUACAAAAACAUCAAUUAAAUACAAAUAAAUUAGUUAUUCACACUUA